AAAAAAAAAAAAAAAAAAAAAGGAAGAAGAAGAAGAGAGAGAAAGCGAGGUGUGAGAGAGAGCAAAGCACAGAGAAAUACCCAAAUUUCUCUCACUCACUCACUUUCUCCGAUCCUUUUCUCUUCGUUUCAGAGAUCAAUUUUUUUCAAUGGCGGCUUUCGUCGAGCAGGCGGAGGUAGCUGUGGCCGUGGCUGUGGCCGCGACUCCGGGUGCUGAUGUUGUGGGCAAUGCUUUUGUUCACCAAUACUACCUUAUAUUGCAUCAAUCGCCAGAACUUGUUCAUCGGUUUUACCAGGAUGUUAGUAAGAUUGGUCGUAUGGAAGAGAAUGGGACUAUGAGUAUCACAACCUCUAUGCAAGCAAUCAAUGAGAAGAUACUCUCACUUCAUUAUGGUGAACUCAGUGCACAAAUCUUAACUGUGGAUGCACAAGAUUCUUUCAACGGAGGAGUCCUUGUUCUUGUGACUGGAUAUUUGACUGGAAAGGACAGUUUGAGGCGCAAAUUUACUCAGAGUUUCUUCCUAGCACCUCAAGACAAAGGCUACUUUGUUUUAAAUGAUGUGUUUAGAUAUGUUGACGAUGGGAGUCAAAGUUUCGUGAAUGAUGUUGAAGUGCCCCUUACUCCUGACCCUGAGCCUACUCCUGUUGAGGAGAAUCAUGUUUCUGAGACAGCAGCUGAAUUGUCAGAGGUUGUUGAUGGAGAAGUAUACAACCCUCCUGAAAAUGGACAGGCUUCAAUUGAAGAAGAGGAAGUGCCAGUUUCUGAGGUAGUUGAUGAAGUUUCAGAUGAAUGGCAGAUGGUGGCUGAAUCCAACUCUAAAACUGAAGAAGUUCCAAAAAAGUCAUAUGCCUAUAUUGUUAAGGUUAUGAAGGAGAGUCCAGCUGCUCCAACUUAUGCUCCUCGGAGGUCUGUUUCCAAGAGCCAAGAGCAGCCAGUAAUUGCUGGACCUCCUCCUCCUCCUCUGGUGUCUGAAACACCGGUUUCCAGCACAAAUGCUAAUGAAAACAGUAGUAAUAAGGAUUCUGAAGCCGAAGGUUACUCCAUCUACAUAAAGGGCCUCCCUUUGAAUGCCACACCUUCCCUACUAGAGAAUGAGUUCAAGAAGUUUGGACCUAUUAAGAAUGGUGGUAUUCAAGUUAGAAGCCAAAAGGGAUUUUGUUUUGGCUUUGUGGAAUUUGAGGUGGCAAGUGCUGUGCAAAGUGCAAUCAAGGAGUCGCCCAUUGACAUCGGUGGACGCCAGGCUGUUGUAGAGGAAAAGAGGUCUACCAGUCGAGGGAACGGUAAGGGACGAUUUUCGUCUGGAAGGGGGAAUGGAUAUAGGAAUGAAGGAGGCAGAGGAGGGCGUGGAAAUGGAAACUAUGGAGGUGGCAGGGGCUAUGGUCGGGGUGACUUUAAUGGCAGGGCUGAGUUUGGAAGCAGGGGUGGCAACCGAGAAGGAUUUUCAAGCCGCAGAGGUGAUGGAUAUCAGCGGGCUGAUCAUGCAGGUGGCAACGGUGGCCGAGCAAAUCGUGCUGGUGGAUUGACUGGUAACGGAACAGCCAGAACUACUGCACCUCGGAUACCUGCUACUGCCUAAGAUACCAUAGCUUUGUGAGGAAGAUAUCAGCUAGAAGAUUUUUACAUUUUUCUGAAGUCUGGUGCUUUAUCAAGUGAUUGGAUCUUUUUCAGAUGAGCUACAUGAACUUUGCUUUAGGUUUUUUUUUUUUUUUAAAUUGGUCACUCAUGGGUGAUAAUCAUUCAAAAACUCUAUUCGGUAUACUAGUAAUUAGUACCCAUUGUCCAGCUGCAUUGGUGUGUUGUGGGUCACCUAUUUUUAGCAGUUAUUUUUGGAGCUUGGCUCCUAUAUGGGAAUGACAAUAUGGUUAGGCAAUGGCUUUAGGUCAUCUUGAAUCAAGAUUCUUGAUAUGGGAUUCUUUUUUGUUCGAUUCAUAAUUUAUUUUUGCAGAUAUA